AACUCAUCAACAAGGUGAGACACACCAAUUGUCCAAAUCUCACAUGUCCAAAAAUGCACUAAACAAAUACUCCAUCUCCCUUCACUUUACACCAUCAGAGUACCAGUGUACAGUCUGUACCGAUCAUCAAAAUCCAAAGCAGAAAAACUAGAAGUUGUAGAAGCAGUGCAAGUGAAACCCAUCAAAACCUAAAAUAAACAAAAGGAGAAAAGGAGAAAAAGAAAAGCUUCUUAAUUCACUUUAGGGUUCUCUUUUAUUCCUCUUCAAAAAUCUAAUCUCUCUCUGCCACUAUUAUAAGCCUUUCACAUUUCCCAAUCCUUCAGACCCAGUACUCAUUCUCACUCAAUUUCAAAAUUUUCUCAUAAUUAUCAAGGAGCCAUGAAUACGAACAAUUAGUAAGAUCUAAAGUAGUAAACUUGGAAAUCGAUAAUGCCAAGGCAAAAUCAAAGCCGUGCUUCUGUGGAAGAAUUGCUCCCUGGAAAAAUCAGAAAACGUGGAUGUUCCUCUUCAGCUUCGUCAUCUUCUUCAAUUAUUCAAAACUACAGAUUCAAAAGAGCGAUUUUGGUGGGUAACAGGGGUGGAUCCACUACCCCUGUGCCUACUUGGAGGCUGAUGGGGACUACAAGGACCCCGUCAUCUGCAUUGCGGGCUAGCGACUCUCCUAAAUAUGCUGCUUCACAGAAUGGUGGUAUUGUGAAAGGGAAACUAAUGCUGCAGCAGCAGCAGGCGGCCCCGGUUUCAGCGAGGAAGCUGGCUGCUACUCUGUGGGAAUUGAAUGAGAUGCCGUCCCCGAAAAUGAAAGAGGUGGUGGGGUCUGAGGAGAGGAGGUUAAGGAGGGAAGGGAAAGGUAGAGAGAGGGCAGGGGCUGCCAGGUCUGUUCAUUCGGGUUCUUUGCCUCCUCAUUUAUCUGAUCCAUCUCAUAGUCCUGUUUCGGAGAGGAUGGAUAGAUCUGGUACUGGCAGUCGCAGAAGAUCAUCAUCAAUUUCUCAAAGGCUGAGGCUUACAGACUACAAUGUUGGAGCAUUCGAUGCUAUUAGCAAUGCCAGCUUACUGGAGAUUGAGACUAGCUCUAGGGCCCAAACUCCUAGUGGAUCAACUGUCGGAGCUAAAACUCGGUUGAAGGAUGUCAGUAAUGCUUUGACCACAUCUAAAGAACUACUUAAAAUUAUCAACCGUGUAUGGGGUAAUGAAGAUCGGCCGUCAUCGAGCAUGUCUCUUAUAUCAGCCCUACAUGCUGAGCUUGAACGGGCUCGAUUGCAGGUCAAUCAUCUUAUUCAAGAACAACGAUCGGAUCAGAAUGAGAUAAAUUAUUUAUUGAAGUGCUUUGCUGAAGAAAAGGCUUCAUGGAAAAACAAGGAGCAGAAAGUGGUUGAAGCUGCUAUUGAAUCCAUUGCUGGAGAACUUGAGGUAGAGAAGAAACUGAGACGAAGGUUUGAGAGCUUGAACAAGAAGCUUGGGAAAGAACUAGCUGAGACUAAGACUUCUCUGAUGAAGGCAGUUAAAGAACUUGAGAAUGAGAAGAGAACAAGAGUUGUGAUGGAGCAAGUAUGUGAUGAAUUAGCCAGGGAUGUGGAUGAGGAUAAAGCUGAAGUUGAAGAACUGAAGAGAGAAUCAGUAAAACUUUGUUCAGAGGUUGAGAAGGAAAGAGAGAUGAUGCAGUUGGCUGAUGUAUUACGCGAGGAGAGAGUCCAAAUGAAGCUUUCAGAAGCUAAAUAUCUGCUGGAGGAGAAGAAUGCAGCUGUGGACAAACUGAGGAGUCAACUCGAAGCAUUUUUAGGACCCAAAAGAACCAAAGAAAAAGGUCGUGGUUCCUAUCAUAUGAAGGAUGAAGAGAUUGCAGCUUAUUUGAAUAAAACUCGUUCUGUUUCCCAUCAGAAUGAAGUAAAUGAGGAUGAUGGAGAAGUAGAAGAUGGGGUUGAAUGCGAGGAAGAUUCAGCUGAAAGUGAUCUUCAUUCCAUAGAAUUGAACAUGGAUAACAUCAAUAAGAGCUACAAAUGGACUUGCCCUUCUGGAACUCCUCGUGAUUUAAGAAAGGCAGCAAUUGAUGAAGAAGAAAUCAAAGGGAGGAAGUCUACCUCCAGCAAAGUUCCUAGGAGAAGCACGUCUCUGCAGAGAAGCAUAUCAGAUGGAGUGGACUGGAAUGCCCAAAAUGAGAGGCUGUCAGUUACAGGAGAUGGGAUAGAUUGGGAGGGAUUCACAGAACUUGAGAGGCAUUUGCAAGGAAAAGGUUAUGUAGACGAUAUGCAUGGAUAUCAGUCAGUGAAGGGUCUCAGAGACUACUUGUUAUCUGGUUCUAGGAUAGAUUCCACUAGAGGUUGUGCUAGUCCAACACGGCAAGUAGGGCAGCGACCUUCUCGAGAUCCCAGCAAUGCAGCUCAAGAGAGACCGCCUACAGUGCCAGGAAAUGCUUCAAAGUCAAGGCUAUCGGAGGUCAGAGGUGACAGCCUUAGUGCAAGGAAAUCUAAAUGGUGAGCAGCAGAGUGGAUUGGUUUCUGGGGCAUCACUCUUUGGACGCUUAAUGCAAGAAGAAUUAGGCAGUGAGAAGUAACCUUUUUGUUAAUUAAUGCUCUGCUUGCCAUUGUUAGAGCUAUUUAAGCAGCAGUCGCUGCUCAAAAUGUAUUUGACUUUUUGGCAAUUAGCAAGAACGUUUCUGUUUGUAGGGUUCUUGCAGAAAAGGCAAAAAAAAAAAAAUGUUGUGAUGAUCCGGUCAAGUUUCUCAUGUACAAAAUCUUCUGGCACAAUGAAGUUUUAGCAUGCUAGAAGCAUUUACAUGCUGUGUGAUAUGAGAUUUUUACUGUCUUAACCUUC